AUUUCAACAAACAGACUGGUGUUUUUUUUUUUUUCUUCUUUUUUUUUUUCUCUGCAACAUCAGUCGACGAUGAACCUCUUCAAGCUCGGCGCCAAGCCGCUAGAAUUAUGUGAACCCGGUACGAUGGAACUUCGGUGUGGCCCCGCCCCCGGCCCUUGGCUGAAUUGUCUUGAGCGGCGUUUACUCAGUACGGAGUACGGAGUAUACGGAGUAUUCUUUUACUUCCUAGAAAAGGCAGAUACAAAAACCGGUAUCACUAUUUCACUUUCCAUAACCUACAAGCCCGGAAUCGCGAGCCGCAGAUAUCACGAGAGGGAGGACAUGUGGCAGUGGUAA